AUGAAAAAUAAGAAUAAAUUGAACUCGACUGCUUCUUCUUCCUAUGACGGCUCCGUCCCGGAAUCAGGACCCCCCUUUCCUUUGACCAACGGGUCCUCAAACCAACUUGUCCUUCCUUUCUAUUUCUCGCGCGUUUGGAUCCGCGAAGGAAAUCGCUCGGAUGUUCCCCUAACCCAACCCGGGAACGGACCGGAGGGAACCGCAGCAUGGGGAAUGUCCGCGUCUCAUCGCAAGGCUCAUUUUAAGUUGUGGGUCAUAGGGCGGGCAGCUUUAUCUGAUCAAGGGCCGGGGCACAAGGGUCCUAGUACUAUCCAGGUGCGAAGAAGCCCGGAGGUGACUGCAAUGAGCAGAAAUCUCACUCACCGGCCUAAACGACGAGCAAACACUCGAACGUGA